CCUCUUUCCUUCUUCGUGCAAAACCAAAAAAUUCCUAACCCUACCCAACCAUUCUUCUUCUCCCUUAUUCCUGAUGAGUGGCAUUCUCCCCGAGUAAAAUGCAGCUGCGGCCGGGCGUUUGAAGACGUCGUUGCCGCCAUCGAAGAUUCGAAGAUCGACGAGCUCGAGAAGGUGCAGUCCGAAUUGGACGCCGCCAAGAACAGGGGAUCGACAGCGAGGGCAGCAAUCUCGAAAUUGCAAUCGGUGCUGGAGGCGACUCAACGGCGGGUGAGGUCGAAGGUGAAGGGCAAAGUGAAGGUGAUGAAGGCGACGAACGAAUUGACGCUGGUCGUCGACCAGAGGUGCAAGAAUCUGGAGGCGAUCAAGAUGGAGGCCGAUGAGCAGCUGAGGAAGCGGAUGAAGAUGAAGCAGGUGCUCCGUGUGCGGAGGCAGAGCCUCCACUCGCUUCAAUUGACUCUCCGCGCGAUGCGGAUCGAGGCCGAGGCAUUCGCGACUUCAGCGGAGGACGCGGCGGCGGUUAUCUCGAUGUCGAUGGAGGUGGAGUACGAGACCGUUGAAUUGACAGCGGAGGAAGAGGGGGAUGUGAUUGUGGAAGACAAGGAGGAUUUGGCGGCGAUAGCGGGGAAGAAAGGAGCGAGGGAGGAUAUGGUGGAAGAGAAGGUGGCGGCGGGGGAUCAAGAAUUGGUUCCGGUGAUUCUGAGUUUGGUGUUUUCCAUUCUGAGAAUUUCCUAUUAA